AACCGGAUAAGUCGACCGCAUAGAUGAAUCGCGUGUACUGUGAUCGGACAAGAAAAUUAGUCGAAAUCCUCCCUUCACUCAAUUCCCACUUUAAUAAUGGUGUAUGGAUUGAUCCCACUGCCACUGCCACUUCCCACUCCGUUCCCUGUCAGUGCACUCCCCCGCAUCAUUUCAUUUCCCUAUGCAGACAUAUAUGAAUAAUUCCUCCUGUCUGUCUUCUAUCCCAAUAGAUACUCUUGUCUUCUUCUUCUUCUUCUUCUCGAUAAUUCGACUUCUCUUCCAUGUCCCUGUCCAACUAUUUGAACUUCAUUCACUCAUUCCUUCAUCCUGCACGGUCAUCCCUUCUUCUGGGUCUCCUCCACCGGUCUUGUGAUGGUUUAUUAGGAGCUUGCUCUCAACGAUAUCGUUCUGUUCGAAGGUUGCAAGACAACGAGAAACAUCAUCAACUAAGUUUCCUUCCAUGGAGGUGGUGGUGUCGAUGAGUCUCUCUGGCCUCACCUUGUGAUAUGAGCGUUCUGUCCCUUGGCAUUCUUCCCAAAAUGGCCCGGUUCACGCUCUUGUGCAUCACCGUUUUGAUCUUGCACUCCUUUCUCCCGGUGAUCGCCUCCCAGGCCGUCGAGACCGAAGCCCUGCUCGAGUUCAAGCGCCUCCUCAAGGACCCCAUGAAUGCCCUGGAGUCGUGGAAGCAGGGUUCGGGGUCUCCUUGCAGGUUCCUAGGAAUCACCUGUGACGUGAGCACGGGGAGCGUUCUCGAGAUUUCCCUGGAGAACACGUCCCUCUCGGGACAUAUAUCCCCCUCCAUUUCCAAGCUCAGUAGCUUGACUUCACUCUCCCUUGCCUAUAACUUCAUCACCGGGAAGAUUCCUCCUCUGCUCGCCAACUGCAGCAACCUGCGCUUCCUGAACUUAACAGGGAAUCAGAUGGUUGGCAAAAUUCCGGACCUAUCAGGGCUCCGGAGCUUGCAAGUUCUCGAUUUAUCAGCAAAUUUCUACACCGGAGAAUUCCCCCAAUGGGUCGGGAGUUUGACGGGGUUGGUGUCUCUGGUUAUCGGGGAUAAUGACUACGACGAGGGAGAAAUUCCGGCAGGCCUUGGAAAUUUGAAGAAUCUGACUUGGCUCCAUCUGGGCGAUUCCCAUUUAAAGGGAGAGAUUCCAGAGGAAAUUUUUGAGUUGAGCUCGCUUGAGACAUUGGACUUAUCGAUUAAUAGGAUCUCUGGGAGCUUCCCAAAGUCGAUAUCGAAGUUACAGAAUCUUAAAAAGAUCGAGAUCUUCGCAAACAACUUGACUGGAGAAAUCCCCCCUGAGCUUGCAAGCCUCCCAUUUCUGCAGGAAAUCGAUAUAUCGGUAAAUAAGUUAUAUGGAAAACUACCAGCAGCAAUAGGAAAUGUCGAGAACUUGACUGUUUUCGAGUGUUACAAUAACGACUUCUCAGGAGAGCUCCCUGAAGGUUUCGGCAAUUUGCGCCACCUUAAGGCACUGUCUAUUUAUAAGAACAGGUUUUCUGGUGAUUUUCCGGCAAACCUCGGGCGGUUCUCUCCGUUAGAGAGCAUCGACAUGUCAGAGAACCAAUUUUCUGGUGAAUUCCCUAGGUUUCUGUGCGCGAGCAGGAAGCUGCAAUUCUUGCUUGCCAUAGAGAACAAUUUCUCUGGCAGUUUUCCCGAUUCUUAUUCCGACUGCAAAUCACUGGGGAGGCUACGACUGAACCAGAACCACUUGUCCGGUAAUAUUCCAGAUGGUGUUUGGGCCCUGCCGAAUGCUAAAAUGGUUGAUUUCGCAAACAAUCAGUUCACUGGAGGGAUAUCUCCGAGCAUUCGUAACUCAACUAGCUUAGCCCAGUUGGUGUUGCAGAACAAUCAUUUUUCAGGGGAGCUGCCUUUGGAGAUCUCACAGUUAAGGAACUUGCAGAGGCUCUACUUGAACAACAACAACUUCUCCGGCAGCAUACCAUCCGAGAUUGGGAAUCUGGGACAGCUCUGGUCUUUGCAUUUGGAGAUGAACUCAAUCUCUGGAUCAAUUCCAUCAGAGCUAAGCGGAUGCUCAAAGUUGGUGGACCUCAACCUCGCCUUUAACUCUCUGAGCGGAAGCAUCCCAAGUUCAAUUUCAAGCAUGAGCUCCUUGAACUCCUUGAAUGUGUCAGGAAAUAAAUUGAUGGGGCCAAUCCCGGAUAGCCUGAGGAAGCUGAAGUUGAGUUCAAUUGAUAUGUCAAAGAACAAACUUUCAGGGGAAAUUCCAUCUGAUCUAUUGGCAAUGGGCGGAGAAAAGGCAUUUCUCGGGAACGAGGGACUCUGCAUAGACCUGAGCUCAAAAGCCCUUGUGACCGAUUCACAGAUCCUGAUCUGUAGCACCAAGCAAUCUCAGAAAAAUCAUGUUCUGUUAGAUAAGCUUGUGCUUUUCAGCAUCAUGAUAUCAGCGUUAUUCGUGCUUAUAGCCGGUUUGUUGUUCAUGAGCUAUCAGAAUUUCAAGCACAGAGAGGGUGCUGUCUACGAUCAAGAGAAUGGUGAUUUCAUCAGGAAAGAGAAGAAAUCAAAUGAACCGAUCAAAUGGAAACUUGCAUCCUUUCAUCGGGUGGAAAUUGAUGCCGAGGAAAUAUGCAACUUGGAAGAGAAGAAUUUGAUUGGGAGUGGAGGGACAGGGAAAGUGUACCGCCUUGAGUUGAAGAAAAAGAGUAGGGAAAAUCUCACGGUAGCCGUGAAGCAGCUGAGGAAGGAAGACAGGGUCAAGGUUUUUCUCACGGAAAUGGAGACUUUGGGGAAAAUCCGGCACCGGAACAUUCUCAAGCUCUAUGCCUGUCUGAUCAAGGGAAGUUCAAGUUACUUGGUGUUGGAGUACAUGUCAAAAGGGAACCUGUUUCAGGCACUUCAUGGACAAGUCAAGGGGAAGCUGCCUGAGCUUAAUUGGUACAAGAGAUACCAGGUUGCGCUUGGGGCCGCCAGGGGGAUAGCUUAUCUGCACCAUGACUGCUCGCCACCAAUAAUUCACCGAGACAUAAAGUCGACCAACAUUUUGCUUGACGAAGACUAUGAGCCAAAGAUUGCAGAUUUCGGAGUCGCCAAGGUUGUGGGGACGGCUUCAAAGGGGAACGAGAACUUCAGCUGUUUUGCUGGGACACACGGUUAUAUAGCUCCCGAGCUUGCUUACACUCUCGAGGUCAGUGAGAAGACCGACGUGUACAGUUUUGGAGUCGUGCUGCUGGAAUUAAUCAGCGGGAGGAGGCCGAUUGAGGACGAGUUCGGGGACGGAAAGGACAUUGUCUACUGGGCUGUCACUCAUCUCAAAGACCCCAAGAGCGUCCUCAGGGUCCUCGAUGGUAAAGUGGUGUCUGAAUCAAACAGGGACAACAUGAUCAAGGUUUUAAAAGUAGCGUUCCUCUGCACCUCCAAGCUACCAUCUCUCAGGCCCACCAUGAGAGACGUGGUGAAGAUGCUCAUGGAUGCCAAGCCAUGCACUCUCAGGUCUGCAGGUAAUGAUCCGGACGAGAAUCAGAAGGUUUUGGUCUGAACAUUGUCAGAGAGUUCCUAUCUGCUGGCGAUGCUCGUAAUCUAGAAUUCACGAGAGAAUCAGCGACCUUCUUACGAUGUGAAUGGAUCAAUCUGUACUGGCCUAUGUGCAUCCGACGCUCCACCUCUUCAUUGCUUGCUAGCGGUAUUUUAUAAUACGAUACAUUGUACAGUCUUGCGGUUUCAUAAUUAUACGUACACUUUUUGCUCUAUAAGUAUAAGAUACAGUAUCUUAUAAGAAACAUUAGAAGAUGGGGAGAUAUAGUAAGAUCUUACAGUUUGUGAUUGUCUGAAUACAACGAAGAAGUGAAAGUUUGUUCUAUUCUUGUC